GAAUCACUGAAUUUUUUACUGUUCCGAGUAAGAGGCAUCGUUGAAAUCGUGUAUUCCGUGUAUUCGUCAGGCAUCAAAGUGGAAAGUCUUGCGAAUGCAGUGCAUUUCGCGUAACCUACUCUUUCUUUGCAGAACAGCAGCACGAGGCAUAUGUAAGGACAACACAAUUAACAAACAGCCUCUGCGAAAAUUUACCGUUACCGCUAGGUUAGCCGAUUUUAACAACUGGGGUACAGUGAAAAAGACCCGGAAAGUGAAAAUACAAAUUUUCACAGAUAUGUCGGAUCCAAAAAUUGAAGAAAUCCUGUCACCUCUUCGCGCUAAUGUUAAGGAACAGGGCGAUUAUGUCCGGAAACUUAAAUCUAAUGGAGCUCCAGAAUUGGACAUUAAGAAAGCAGUUGCUGAACUUAAACUUCGUAAGAAGUUGUUGGAAGACAAAGAAUUAUCUCUAUCAGAAACAACAUUAUUUGAUAAAGCAAGAAUGGAGGAUCUCUUAAAACGAAGAUUUUACUUAGAUCAGUCUUUUGCAAUUUAUGGUGGAAUCACUGGUCAAUUUGACUUUGGCCCUAUGGGUUGUGCAUUUAAGACAAAUUUAUUAAAUCAUUGGAGAAACUUUUUCAUAUUAGAGGAACAAAUGUUAGAAGUUGAUUGUUCUAUUUUAACACCAGAACCGGUACUUAAAGCAUCUGGACAUGUUGAAAGAUUUGCAGACUUAAUGGUGAAGGAUGUAAAGAGUGGAGAAUGCUUUAGAUUAGAUCACUUAAUUAAAGCACAUUUAGAGAAAAUUAUUAGCGAUAAAAAAACUGAUGAUAAUACACGUGCAGAGUGCAGAGACAUUAUUAUAAAAUUAGAUGGAAUGACAAAAGGUGAAAUGGCUGCUGUUUUGAUCAAGUUCAAUAUGAAGUCUCCUAUCUCUGGGAAUGAUUUAACAGAACCUAUAGAAUUUAAUUUAAUGUUUGGAACUCAAAUUGGUCCUUCAGGUCUUAUAAAGGGAUACCUGAGACCAGAAACUGCUCAAGGUAUUUUUGUAAACUUUAAAAGGUUACUUGCAUUUAAUCAAGAAAGGCUACCAUUUGCUGCAGCUCAGAUUGGAAAUGCAUUCCGUAAUGAAAUUUCUCCAAGAUCUGGGCUGAUAAGAGUGAGAGAAUUCACUAUGGCAGAAAUAGAACAUUUCUGUGAUCCUAAUGAUAAAAGUCAUCCUAAAUUUGAAACAAUUAAAGAUUUAAAAUUACUUUUAUAUUCUGCUUGCAAUCAAAUGGAUGGGAAGAGUGCUGAGCACAUAACUUUGGGUGAUGCUGUGAUGAGCAAGCUUAUAGCUAAUGAGACAUUAGGGUACUUUAUGGGUAGAAUUUAUCAAUUUUUAGUGAAAGUGGGAGUUGAUCCAAAAAAACUACGUUUCCGUCAGCAUAUGGGAAAUGAAAUGGCUCAUUAUGCAUGCGAUUGUUGGGAUGCUGAAUGUUUAACUUCUUAUGGUUGGGUUGAAUGUGUUGGUUGUGCAGAUCGUUCUGCUUAUGAUUUAACUCAACAUACUAAAGCCACUGGAGUUAAACUAGUUGCUGAGAAAAAAUUACCAGCACCAAAAAAUGUUGACAUAUGUGAAAUAGUACCAAACAAAGUUUUAAUUGGAAAAACAUUUAAGAAAGAUAGUAAACUAGUUCAGAGUGCAUUAGAAGCAUUAAAUGAGAGUGAAAUCAAUGCUUUAGAAGCCGAUUUUGAUGAGAAGGGAGAACACGAUCUGAAGCUUUCCAAUGAUACUAAAAUAAAAAUUACGAAAGAUAUGAUUCAAGUAAAACGAUAUCAGAAAACUGUGCAUGUAGAAGAAAUAAUUCCUUCUGUAAUCGAACCAUCUUUCGGAAUAGGACGUAUUAUGUACGCUAUCUUUGAACAUAACUUUAGAACAAGGGAAGGAGAUGAAAAGCGAACUUAUUUUAGUUUGCCGCCGGUUGUAGCACCUUUAAAAUGUUCAGUGUUACCACUUAGUGGUAAUGAUGAAUUUGUACCAUUUGUAAAACAAUUGUCUCAGAAUCUUACAAAGCUAGAUGUUUCUCAUAAAAUAGAUGAUUCUUCUGGUAGUAUUGGACGCAGAUACGCACGAACUGAUGAGAUUGCCAUACCAUUUGGUAUCACCAUAGACUUUGAUACUUUGAAAACACCUCAUAGUGCUACAUUGCGCGAAAGGGACAGUAUGGGACAAGUUAGAAUAAAUUUGGAUGAACUUCCAAGUGUUGUAAGGGAUCUGUCCUAUGGUAAAAUUACAUGGUCUGAAGUGGAAGCAAAGUAUCCAAAGUUUGAACAACAAGAAUCAACAGAAUAACAAUAAUAUAUUAAAUAAAUUUUCUAAA